AUGGAGUAUGUUUCAGAGAAGAGAUUUCCUGUCAGUGCAAAUGAUUACAAGUUAUAUGAAGAAGUUGGUGAAGGUGUCAGCGCUACUGUGUAUAGGGCUCUCUGCAUUCCGCUUAAUCAGAUAGUUGCUAUUAAGGUUCUUGAUCUGGAAAAGUGCAAUAAUGAUCUGGAUGGUAUCCGGCGGGAGGUACAGACAAUGAACUUGAUUGAUCAUCCAAAUGUAUUACAAGCACAUUGCUCUUUCACCACUGGGCAUAGCCUUUGGGUGGUGAUGCCAUACAUGGGUGGGGGUUCAUGCCUUCAUAUAAUGAAAUCUGCUUACCCAGAAGGUUUUGAAGAGCCUGUCAUUGCCACAUUAUUGCGCGAGACUCUCAAAGCUCUUGUUUAUCUCCAUGCACAUGGGCACAUCCACAGGGAUGUUAAGGCUGGCAACAUUUUAAUUGAUUCUGAUGGCUCAGUGAAGUUAGCAGACUUCGGAGUGUCAGCAUGCAUGUUUGACACUGGAGAUAGGCAACGCUCCAGAAAUACUUUUGUUGGCACUCCUUGCUGGAUGGCUCCUGAAGUUAUGCAGCAAUUGCAUGGAUAUGACUUUAAAGCAGAUAUCUGGUCAUUUGGGAUAACAGCCCUUGAACUUGCUCAUGGCCAUGCUCCCUUUUCCAAGUAUCCACCGAUGAAAGUUUUGCUGAUGACCUUACAAAAUGCACCUCCAGGGCUCGACUAUGAAAGAGACAAGAGAUUUUCAAAGUCAUUUAAAGAGCUGGUAGCCGCUUGCUUAGUGAAGGAUCCAAAGAAACGACCCACGUCAGAAAAGCUAUUGAAGCACCAUUUCUUUAAGCAUGCACGCCCUCAUGAAUAUCUUGCUCGGACCAUUCUUGAUGGUCUUUCUCCUUUAGGGGAACGUUUUAAGAUGCUGAAGGCAAAAGAGGCUGAUCUUCUUGUGCAGAAUAAGGCUCUCUAUGGGGAUAAAGAGCAAAUAUCACAGGUGCAAGAGUACAUAAGAGGAAUCAGUGCCUGGAAUUUCAACCUAGAAGAUUUAAAAAGUCAAGCUGCCCUUAUUCAGGAUUAUGAUUGCAUGUCAAAUGCAGAAGAUCCAUAUUUGAGCGGGAGACAAAUGGACAGGUGCGACGAUGUUGGGUUUCCUGCUGAAAAGCUGCCCACCAAAAGCACUAAUCAUUCGAUUGCUGCUCCUAGUCAUGAGGAUGGGUUCAAUGAUCAUGAUUUGGAGAGUUCACUCUCUUCAUUUCCUGUUAAACCUCUUCAAGCACUUAAAGGUUGUUUUGAUGUUGGUGAGGAGGAUGUGGGUUCAACUAGUCCAAAUUGGAAAGGUAAUUCGCAAACAGAAUGUGAACAGCAGGUUCUUACGGAGUUGUCACCUAGUGCCAUGGACCAAGAAAGCGAAAGAAACGAGGGUGAGAAUUCUGGGCGAAGUAGUUCUUUACCACGUCAUGUCAUUUCUGAGCAUAAAUUAUUUUUGAGUGGUCCAUUAUUGCCAGAUAAUGCCUUUUCUCCAAAAAGGUUAUUGGCGAUGAAAACAGCAGAUCUGUGGCUGAUUAACAUGAUUAGUAAUCUGCAAGAAAUGGAAAAUGAGCUGAAAAGAGUUGGAUUACUGGAUAUUCUACAGCCAAAGUACAAGUCGGAGAGAAACUAUAGUGGUCCAUUGUAUCGACAGAAGAGGGAUACCAAUAACCCUUCAUCUGUGGAGGAUGCAUCAGAAGGAGCAGUUGUCCAACGCAAGGGACGCUUCAAAGUCACUUCAGCUGAUCUCAGCCCUAAGGGUCCUACGAACUGCUAUUUCAACCCAAUUUGUGGAGGUUCAACUUCUGCAACAACAUCAAACCUCGCUGCUUCCUCGGUUCUCCCAUCAUUGCAAUGUAUUCUGCAGCAGAACGCCUUGCAAAGGGUAGAAUCAAGUGAGGCAGCCACUAAUGACCUUUUGCAGAUAUCUCCUCCUUUGACGAGGGAGAGGGAGCUGGAGGCUCAGGUGAUUAGUCUACAUCAGAGUGUUGGAAGCCUCUUGGACGAAUUGCAGAAACAGAAAAUGAAAAAUGUUCAGUUUAGUCGACCUUCCACCAUUCGAUUAUCUUCUUAUGAUCAUUUAGGGUUUUACUACCACAAUUUUCUAAAUGGAUUGUUUGCUCAAAUGCUUCAAGCCAGAGUUUAA